ACAGUUGUUCUGUUUGUUUGUCUCCUGUUUAGUUUAGUUCGGUAAUAAAAUUUGCCGGCGGAGGAGGAGGGGAAGCGAUAACGAUUCUCCUUCCAUGGAUCCCACUUCUUCUUCUCUUAGAUGGAGAAUCCUUCGGCAAGCUCUUAUCAAUAGAUCUGAUUCUCAAACUGAAGUUGAGAUCAAGCGGGUGUCAAGGAAAGCAACUCAAGGAUUCAACUUGAUCCCUUGUCGUCAGGUGGUGGUUGAUUCUUGUUCAGAAGAAGACUCUCGGGAAGCAUGCGUUUGCUACACAAUUCCCAUUCCUUCCUCUCCCGAACUCUAUCUAACAUUUUUCUAUGAAAAUUUUAUUUGCAGACAAAGAGUGGAUAAUUGCAGUGAUCUCAAUGACUUUGAGAUCUCUAAUCGACACAACAUCGAUAAUACUGGACUUGUCUGUCAGUGGCCUUCAGAAGAAGUUCUAGCAUACUUUUGCAUGUCUCAGCCAGAUCGCUUCAGAGGUAAAAGAGUCAUUGAGCUUGGAUCCGGGUAUGGAUUAGCCGGUUUAGUUAUUGCUGCUACCACUCAAGCAUCACAAGUGGUCAUCUCAGAUGGAAAUCCCCAAGUAGUCAAUUAUAUUAAGCGUAACAUAGAGUCCAACUCCAUGGCAUUUAGCGACACAAGCGUAAAAGCCAUGGAGUUGCACUGGAACCAGCAUGAACUCUCAGAGCUCACCAACAUGUUUGACAUCAUAGUUGCGAGCGAUUGUACUUUUUUCAAGGAGUUUCAUAAGGACCUUGCAAGUCUCAUCAAGGUGCUCCUCAAAGCCAACGAAACCUCUGAAGCGUUUUUCUUCAGUCCUAAGAGAGGUGACUCUUUAGAUAAGUUCCUGAAGGAGAUCGAAGACAUUGGUUUAAACUACGUCUUAACCGAAAAAUAUGAUGAACAAGUUUGGAAGCGCCAUGAGACGCUUGCGAAAGGAGACGAGUCUUGGCCUAGCUAUGACAAGAACCACUGUUACCCUUUACUUAUUCAAAUUACUAAUUAAUCAUAAAUAAUUAAAGACUGUUUCAUCUUUGCGGCGAAUAAACGCAGGUAUAGUCCAAUCUUUUCAAGCUUUUUGUUUAACAUUCUGUGUAGGUGUUUACUUUAAUGGAUAUAAUCCAAUAUUAAGUGGGUGGAUUUGAAAGUUGAAACCUUUUUUGACUCUA